AGUUCGCCUUGUUUUGUCUCCUGCUGACGUCCGUUGUGUACCUCUCAGACAGUCGAUCCCGGGGGCCUCGGAUAGGUAGACGACAAAAGAACAAACGCAAGCCACAUAGGGAUAACAAAUUACCAGGGGAGGAACCAACUACAGACUACUUCAAUGAAUUGCUCAAUACGACAAUCCCGAUUAAGCCUACAAAAUCCGCUCAUGGACAAAAUCCACUCGUUGAUCAACCGAAUAUGAGCAAGAAAAAAUCAAAGGUAGACACUGGAAUAUUUAUCUAUGGGAGUAGGAAGGCAAUGACUGUUACAAAAAAGAGCUAUUUGAAAAAGGAAUGGUGUAAAACGGAACCCCUGCAACAGGUGAUCCGUGAAGAGGGUUGCCUAAAGAAGACAAUGGUCAAUCGAUUCUGUUAUGGCCAGUGUAACUCAUUUUUCAUACCCAAAAGUAACAAAAAGGAUCUAGAGUCUGCAUCGUUUAAAUCCUGUUCAUUCUGUAAACCAAAACGCUACUCUUGGAUUGUUGUAACGUUGACGUGUCCAAAAUUGAAAAUGAAGUUUAAAAGAAAGAGAAUCCAACGGAUUAAAGAAUGUAAGUGUAUGGCCCAGAAAUUGGACUGAAAUAUUCCAUUUGACGACGUCACCUAAUGAUCAAACUGGGGAACUUACGGGAGAGAACAUUGUCAAAGCUAAGAGCAAUGCGAUCAGUGAACAGUUUAACAUACCACAUCAGCUACAUCCUCUCUGAGAACAUUCAUGAAGCACUUAAAAUGAUCAACUGAUUCUGUCGAGUUUUCUCUGAAUACGAAAAUAGCAGAUGUAGUUCUUUUCCCUCCUAAACGAUAAUGCUCUGAGGACGGAUAUUCCAACAGGGACUCCUUCUAUCUAGACUUGCUGCAGCGACCUUACCCUUUUCCGUUUUGCUAGGAUAAAAACAAACCAAAGAUACUGACUCCUUUCAUCAACUUAUGAUCUUGCUUAUAUUGAAGCUGCGUCCAACAAAUUAAGGGCAACUUUAAAGGCAAAUGGGCAAUCCAUCCCGACGACCUGUUUUCUUGGACAAUCAUGUUGGGGGUCCACAGAAUGCACCAGUGGUGACAGUGGUACAAAGAUUAACAACUAGCUGAAGACAUCAUCAAAAUGAGAUUCAACAACAUUGUAGUAAAUAACUAUGCGAUAAACGGUAGCAAUUAUCUAUGUACAGAUGAUUGCUAGUGUUAUCACGAGUUUGAUUCCAUUGAGACUAGAGAUACAACUCUGUGCCAAAUUGUUUCUCACGGCGAUUAUUCUUUAAUUUGUGUAUUGUAGUUCUGCGAGAGCGUACAAAAACGGAAAACGUGAUUUCACUAAAUCUCAAAGUCGUAUUGACGCACAACCACUGUUUUAUGCAUUAAAGCAUUCAGUUUUUAACUGACUUUUACUCUUUCCCCAAAACACAAACAUCAAGUAAGAAACUAUCAAAUUAUAAGUAAGGAAUGAGGGGUAGACUAAGGUCGCCCUCAAUCGUCAAUGGCCAGGGACUUCCAUUCAAGCUGGAGACAGCUAAAUUCAGUCAAGAGCAAUCGAUGAUUUGAGUAUGGCCUUAUCCAUUCAAUUUGUACGUAUCUUCAUGUAGAGCACUCUUCAAGAUUUCGUCAACAAUUUAGGUAAAUAUUUUGACAAGAUAAUACCUUAUAGAAAUCGUUACCUGUGUCAUUAUGGUUGGAUUGUUACUGGGAUAUAUGUAACGUUU